AUGUCUACCAGGGUCAGCAAUGCCACGGCAGAUAUACAACGGACGGACCAGCCUGUAUACCAGAGAAAGCGUUCGGCAUCCAAAACACAGAGCAAUUACAACUCUGUCAAUAACAAUGCCUUAUAUACAGGGUCGCCGCUUCCAAGUCAGCCUGAAGCCCGUGAGAGUGAUCCACAGCCCCCACGCUUGCAAAAAUUUGCUCACGUUGUGAAAUUAGUGUCUCCUGAUCAGUCACCUUCAGAAUUUGUCAAGAUCUUGAAUGUUCCCCUCGCGCCGGAGUCUCUCAAGAUUGGCCGUCAGAACGUGCCUAAGGUCACAAACAAGAUAACAGAUGGAUACUUUGAUUCACGUGUUCUUUCUAGAAAUCAUGCUGAGCUAUUCAUAAGAGACAACAAGCUGUACAUUAGGGAUUUAAAGUCGUCCAAUGGAACAUUCAUUAAUGAUGAGAAACUAGAGCCACACAAAGAAUAUGAGUUGAGACUAGGCGACAAGCUAGAUCUGGGCACCACGCUGGAGUCACAAGUAGCACACAAAAAGAUUACAUGCAAGGUGGUGGAACUGACAUACAUGAGUCUAGAGGAAUAUGAAAAUGUCAUUAGCCAAACUUUGAGUAAAGGCAAUCAAGAAAGUAGGAAAUUGGAGCUAUUUAACAGUUCACUAGAUGCUCUUAUUUUCAGCGACGUGAUAGAAGAGCAAGAAGACCUGGUGCUAGAGUCACUAAUGGAUGAGCUCUCCCAUGUGGAAGAGAAAGAGACAACGAAAAAAGAGGAAAAUAAAAUUGUGACUAAUUUGAAUAUCAAGCCGUCGGCCAAACUUGAUGAUGUGGUACGAAAGCUCAUUAUAUCAAUUAACAACGAGUACAUACAACAGCAGAGGCUUCGAGAAAUCUCCAAGUUCAUGAAAAACUAUACACAGUAUACUCCAACAGCUUUCAACCUGGGACAAAGCGACUCAGAUGAACGUGUCAAGGUUUUAGAAGAGGAAUUGAUAGACCUACGAGAGCAACUAGCAGUCGCUCGUGCUAGUGAAAUUAGUGCAGCCGUAAAAUUCAACGAAAAAGAGGAAGCCCAUUUGAAGGUGCUGAAAGAAUUGGAAAUUGUCAAGUCAAAACUGGGGUCAGUAUUAGACGAUUUAGAAAAAGAGAAAACCAUGAAGGUGCAGGCGCAAAAGGAAGUAUAUUCUCUAGGGCUCAAGGUGGAAGAAUUGACGCGACAAUUAGAAAAUUCCAAAGAGGUAUGUCGGAAGCCGACUGAGCCUUCCACUGAGGUUGAAACCUCAAAAAGUGAGCAUGAAACUCGUAACCAAAAACUCGAUUUACAGAUAGAAGCCGCAAAGCCGUUUACCGUGCAACGUCAGUUCAACACUAUUCCAAUAUUUGCUGCUUCCACAGUGUUGAUCGCCGUGGCCAUUGCAUUAUUCUUUAAAUAUGAUCCCAACAUCAUUCGAUGGGUUCCAACUUGA